UAGUCUUAAUAGAAUCUCAGCGAGAGCAGAACAGCAUGGAUUUCGACCAGAUCUUGGAGAAGUGCGGCAGUGCGGGUCGCUAUCAGUACCUCAUGAUUCUGCUGCUCGGCUAUGUGGCCUUUACGACCACCGUGCACUACUACUCGCAGAACAUAAUUGGCUUCGUGCCAAAGCACUGGUGCUAUCAUGAGGCUCUGGUGAACCGCAGUUUCGAGGAGAUCGCCGCCAUCUACGCUCCAUUUGGGAAGGAGGCAUCCUGCACGCGGCUAGAGAAGAUCGAGGGAGAUCAGGUCACGGUGAGCAAUGAGACCUGCCAGCGAUGGAUAUACGACUACGACUUCGGUUUCAGGAGCAUGAAUGCGGAACUAAAUUGGGUUUGCGAAGAUGCCUACAAGGCGCGCAUUGGACAAUCCCUCUUUUUCCUUGGAUCCCUAAUAGGAACCUUUACCUUUGGCAUGUUGGGCGAUAAAAUUGGCAGAGUGACAGCUGUAAUCCUGGCCAAUCAGUGUGGAUUUGUGGGGGAUUUCCUAACCACUUACGCCUCGAAUCUUGUGCACUUUGCCAUUUUUAGAUGCAUUUCUGGACUCGCUGCCACGGCUAAUUAUUAUCUGAUGUUUAUUCUGGUUCUGGAAUACUUGGCUCCGAAACUAAGGAACUUGGCCAUAAGUGGAACCUUGGGCGUUUGUUUUUGCCUGGGUGCUUUGGUGGCUCCCUGGCUUUCUGUUCUGGCAGGAAACUGGAGGAUUUACUUGACCUGCUCGGCACUCCUUCAACUGGUGGUGGCCCUUUUCUACUUUGUGGUGCAGGAGAGUGCCCAGUGGCUAAUUACAAGGACUAAUGUGGAGGGUGCCAUUGCCAGGCUAAAGCACAUCGCCCACUUCAACGGAAGGGAGGUGAAGGCUUCCGACUUUGAGGCCUUCCGCAGAAACUGCAUCGUCAAAAGGAAGCUAUCAAAUCAACCUGAACAAACGGCCGGAAUUUUCGAUUUGCUGAGGACUCCAAAUCUAAGGAAAACAUCGCUUUUGGUGGUGAUUACAUUCAUGCUGACAUCGCUGAGCUUUAACACGAUUUCCCGGAAUGUGGAGGGACUGGGCCUCUCCCCGUUUGUCGUCUUCUCGCUGUUUGCCCUGGCAGUUCCGCCCUCGGGUUUCAUCCAGGGACUCCUGCAGAGUCGAGUGGGUCGCAAGGCCACGGCCUUUUUGGCCAUGCUCUGCACGGGAUUGCUUUCCUGCGCUCUGGGCGUGGCCCUCUCCACCGAUGGGGCGGAGGGCAACGUGACCUUGCUGCUGGCCUUCGCCCUGCCAAUGCGACUGGGCAUCUCCAUGUGCUACACGGUCACCUCGCAGUUUGCCUCCGAACUGCUGCCCACCUGUGUGCGUUCGCGGGGCAUUGCUGCAGUGCACCUGGCCGCCGCGGGGGCCUCCUUUGUGUCACCCUAUCUGAUUCACCUGGGCACCAAGCUGGCCGCCGCCCCCUCCCUCAUUUUGGCGCUCCUUCUGCUGACCGCCUCCGUUUGCACGCUCCUUCUGCCGGAAACGAACAACAGACAACUGCCCAUCACUUUGGCGGACGGCGAGGACUUUGGCAAGGGCGAGUCCAUGCUGUCCUUCGACUGUUGGCAGAGGAACGACGAGGAUGUGGCCAAGGAACCCGGCGAGGAGCUGAAGUUGCACCGGCUCAAUGGACAAACAAAAUCCGAAGCGGAAGCGGAAGUGUAGAGAGGAGAGCCCAAUCAAAGUAUUUCCCCACAGACUUUCGAUGGAAAACCCCAAAGGGUUUUCCCGAGAAAAGAAAGGUGGACACGGCAGUUGCGAAAGUUGUCAAUAGAUGUGAAGUUUGCUUUAUUUUAUUGAUUCACUGCUGUUCACAAAAUUUAACACAAUUUUAACUUAGCAACUUGUAUUGAGCUUGUUGGAAUCGUGUGUUUGUCGGUAUUGUUGCCUUUUUGUAUUAAGUACUUACUUGUAAGUAAAAGGGUCAUAAGUAUCUUGUAUCUUGUAAAUGGUUAUGUAAACUCUUGUAAUUAUGUAACGCUUAAAUGCCACAAACAUAAUGGCUACAAUUUGAUCGCUUCGCCCCACCAGCCAGCCAAUUGCCAUGGAAAGUCUUACGAACACUAGCACUAAACAAUUUUCGCGGUAUCUCAACUGGGAUUUCCGCAUUGCAAAACCGACUGACCAAAGGUCCAAGUUCUCUUAAAUCUUAAUUCUAAGUGUAAAGACGUGGCGAGAAGUGAUUUAGGGCCCUGUCGCUGCUUACCAGAUUACAAAAGCCCGAUUGGAAACUAAAAAGACUUUCGCCUACCAAUCCAAUAAUCGGUGAUUCAGCACAGGGACCAACUUAAGUUAGAGUUUCACCUUAACUGAGCAUAAGUAUUAGAUCAAUGUAAAACGAUUUAUGUAAAUGGGGUCAAAAGAUUGUUCUCAGGGCAGUUCAGGGAAAUACGAUCAGUGUCAGCUGUGAAAGGACUAAGAUUAAUGCUUUUAGGAAGGCAACCGCAGCGUUUUUUUAACUUUCAGAUCAUCAUCAUCUACUACUAUGUAUAUUUGUGUAACUUAUGUGUGUAUUCGCUAAAAAAGUUCUCUACAUUAACGCAACAUGUGUCCUUUUGGAGGGGCCUAAACAUAUUCUCCUUGGGGUUCGCUAUUCAAUAAUAUUCUAUGAGCAAUUCUGGCGAAUGCUAACAAAUACAAUGGGUACAUAAAUAUUUCUGAUAUCAGUAUCUGUAACUACAA